CAUGGUGACGGGGUUGUGCCCGGGGAGUCUGUGAUGGGUUGACAGGUGCGUGACAAUCGGAGCUCUCUGCAAGCAUGUACGCCAAAGGCAAGAGUAACAGCGUACCGUCCGACAGCCAAGCCAGGGAAAAGUUAGCGCUCUACGUGUAUGAAUACUUACUCCAUGUAGGAGCCCAGAAAUCUGCCCAGACUUUUCUGUCAGAGAUACGAUGGGAGAAGAACAUCACACUAGGAGAGCCCCCUGGAUUUCUUCAUUCGUGGUGGUGUGUGUUCUGGGAUCUGUACUGUGCGGCCCCGGAGAGGAGAGAGACCUGUGAGCACUCCAGCGAAGCAAAGGCCUUUCAUGACUAUAGUGCCGCCGCAGCUCCCAGUCCGGUCCUUGGAAACAUGCCUCCAGGAGACGGGAUGCCAGUGGGACCGGUUCCUCCGGGAUUCUUUCAGGGACCUCCGGGUUCACAGCCAUCACCACAUGCACAGCCUCCACCUCACAACCCCAGCAACCCCAUGAUGGGCCCUCACACUCAGCCCUUCAUGUCACCCCGCUACCCCGGAGGCCCCAGACCACCCCUCAGGAUACCCAAUCAGGCUCUUGGGGGAGUCCCAGGAAAUCAGCCAUUAUUGCCUAGUGGAAUGGAUCCAACACGGCAACAGGGGCAUCCAAACAUGGGUGGGGCUAUGCAGAGGAUGACUCCGCCCAGGGGGAUGGUCCCGCUGGGGCCUCAGAGCUAUGGAGGUGCAAUGAGACCCCCUCUGAAUGCCUUAGGUGGUCCUGGGAUGCCCGGGAUGAACAUGGGUCCUGGAGGCGGCAGAGCAUGGCCAAACCCCCCCAACGCCAACUCGAUACCAUACUCUUCUGCUUCUCCUGGGAGUUAUGCGGGUCCACCGGGAGGCGGGGGACCCCCAGGAACUCCCAUAAUGCCCAGCCCCGCAGAUUCAACAAAUUCUGGUGACACCAUGUACACUAUGAUCAACGCAGUACCUCCUGGAGCAAACAGGUCAAAUUUCCCGAUGGGCCCGGGCUCAGAUGGCCCCAUCGGCGGCAUGGCAGGAAUGGAGCCACAUCACAUGAACGGGUCAUUAGGAUCGGGAGACAUUGACAGUAUUUCCAAGAGCUCUCCUGGUAACAUGAGCAUGAGCAACCAGCCCGGCACUCCGCGAGACGACGGCGAGAUGGGGGGGAACUUCCUGAAUCCCUUUCAGAACGAAAGUUACUCUCCAAACAUGACAAUGAGUGUGUGAGCAGCCAUCUCCGGGGGUCACCGAAGAGAAGUUUAUUUAUCAAGUGUACAGUGAACAGAGGAUCAGUGAACCCACUGUUUCCUGCCUUCAUCAGCUCUGUGAAGAAAGUGGGUCCAAGCCUUUCUUUUCUGUUUUCGUUUUGUUUUGACAUAAUGACUUCUGACACCUUAAAGACUGAACUGCGUUUUAGGAAUCACCCUGACAAAAAAAUAAAGAACUGCAAAACGAUCAUUUGUAUAUACAUCUAUAUAAAUAUUCCCGCCAAGAUCAUCGUAUGGGUUAAGCGUAAUUGAAAACUUUACAUUAAAAAAGGCAAGAAUUGAUUUUUUAAUAUUCUGUUUCAUGUCCACGUUUACAAAUUCUGAUUCUUGAGAAAGGUGUUUUUUUUAUAUAUAUAUUUUCCAUACUUGGAAGUCCAUACCGUGUUGUGUAUACCACUUGCAAGUAAAUUAUUUUAUAGGAAAGGGAGACUUCCAAAUUAAAACAAGGUUACCAUGGUUGAAAAAUUUUAAAAUUUAAGGCAAAGAGCUCCAUUUGUUAUGUUUAUCCUGUGAAUAAACAAAAGCUGUUUAUUGUGUCUAGAAACAGAAAAAAGCCUGUACUGAAUGCUUAAAUUAAAAUAUGUAUACAUAUAGUUACACUCCAAAAUAUUAUCUUGAUUAAUUUGAUAAAAUACAGGUUUAGAUGUCUUACCAGGAUAAUUGAUCUAUUGGGGUGUAUUUUUUUUUGUUGAUUUGAGUUUUAAAUGUUGUAUUUUAUUAUGUAUUUGUGUUUAUAAACGUACAAUGGAGAGAAAAGUUAGAUUUAGAAAAAAUGUAAAGGUUGCUUUGUAUAAUGUACUGUACUGCAUCAAGAUAAUUUUUUGAGUGUGCAAUCUAGAAGCAUGUUGAAUGGUUCCAGAAGCAAUAGUUUCAUAUAUCAUCUGUCUCUCAAAGUUUCACAGAUAGCAACAUAUGCUGUGCGUGCUGUACUGUAGCUCGUUAACUCGGAUUGUGCCCAACGUCAUUGUAGACGAAUUGUAGACAAAGCCCCAAAAUGCAAAGAAUGCAACUAUCCCUCUUUUCUUGUUUGUCCAUGUGCUUUCUCUGUCCUUUCCCAGAUUCAGUAUGCGGAUGUUGUACUGUAUAUAGUCUGUUUCACCUCAGCCUGUCACCACUAGCAUUGUGAGGCGGAACACUAGGCCUGCCUUCAGUUCCUAUUCAGAUCCAUCAAACCGUCCAAACCUGUCGGUGGAGUGGUUAUAACGUUGAACUGCAGGUGUUCAGUUGAAUAAUUUCUUAGUAAACUGACGAGAUCACCUGAGAGUACGUUUUUUUUCAAACUUGAGUUACUUGUUUCUUUUUCAAAUGAAAAGGCAACAGAAAAGCUGGCCCUCUUGGUGCAGGUCAAGGUGAAGCAGACAAUAUUGUUAGGACUUACAUUAUGAUCUAGGGACAGUGGAUCUGGGCCCAGCUUCCUUGAAGGAAAGAUUUUGUUCGCCUCUAAAAGCUUUGUUUCUGUGAUUUCUACGAAGCAGGCUCUGUCUGGUGCCUCCCCUGUGGUAGUGUGAGUGUAGAAAGGCUGGACUGACUCCUGAAAUGAAAUAGCCAUCCCCUCUCUAAGCGAUGAAGCUCCAGGAGUUGAGUCUCUUGAGCGAGAGGCUGGUGCAACUUGCAGGGAAACAAAAUUUGAAACUGAUCUUUUUGCCCUGCUUUUUUCAUCUGGGCUUUUUAUGAAGCCGAAACGAAUUGUUUGACACUUCUGUUUUGGGCAGUUUAUCUUUCUUCUGGAUUUCGUUAGAAGUUCUUUGAUAACCCUUAUUUCAUGUUUCAUGUCAUUGACUGUGUUGCGCACUAGCCUUUGGCACUGAUAAGACUUGCUCUGUUAUGACAACUCUGAUGGGUUUAUACAUAUUUAUAUUUCAUUCAUUUGUAUCAAAUGCUUCUCAACUGGGAAAUGCAACAGGCUAACCCCCGCCUGCUGUUAACUGCCAUUGUCUUUCAGAGGAGCCCAGACGCAGGCACAUAGCUUUUUAUUUUCUUGUCGACACUGAUAUAUAUCCAGAGCUAAAAAGACUUGCAGUCUUAUCAUGUUUUCCUUUGCAUUCAGAGGCCAAUAAGCGCUGUUAUUCUUUCUGUUUUUAAUUGUUUUAAAGUUUCACGGGCAGUUUGCAAAAUAUAUUUUUCGUCUCACCGUCUUUACUUUUCUGACUUUUCGAAAAGGUUGUAUGAAACUCGACUAGGCCACUUCGUCAGCCAUUGAGUUUUGGGUUGGUUUGUUAAGAGGCAUCCCGAAGGAUUCCUGCCAUUCUCCGCAAUAUUGAGCUGCAGGUCUGAAACACCUGGCGCUGCUGGAAAAAAUGAUGGAUGCAAAGAUAAAAGGGUGUUUGGGAUUGACAUUAUUAUAGAUUGUUUAUGUUUUUUGUGAAAAUAACUCGUUUCCUGUUAUGGUUUUACUGUACAUCUACAUGGUACAAUUUUAUGUGUUAUCAGGAAACCCAUCAGAAAGUGUCCCAUACUGAUGCACUCCACACACUGCAGAGUUUUAAAUACUGUAUGUGGUGAACCUAUUUGCUAAAACUGUGCAUUAUAUGCCACCAUUUUACUUCGUUUCCAUGAUUUGUGUCUAUAUAUACCUGCAAAUAUUCUCUCCCCCUUUUGUUUUUGGAAUUUGUUGCUUCGCACCCUGAGUAGCCACUGCCAGUCAACGCGCAGCAGAGACGGACAAAGGCAAUACACGCAGAGUCUGCCGCUUACCGUGUCCUUCCUCCACCAGGGAGCCAGGUUUCAGUUCAGUGUAGGAUCUGCUGCCUCUUGCGGUCUAAGUGCUCUUGCAAUAUUACAGUUUUAAUCGUAAGUCAACCUGAUCUUCUCUACAAUUGACGUGGGAUGUGAAGGGUUAUCCUUCUGCAUUUUUAAGAGUCUUUUAUUUUUAGAUUUAAAGACACCAGAGAACACAGGUGUUGUGAAACCAGCUCAUCCAUUUCUCAAUCCAAAGUGACCCUUUCUUGUAGGGACCGUGCUCUGUCUGACUCAUGGCCACAGUGUGAGAGUUGUCUCUCUUAAGUGGCGGUUUGUUUUCCGUCCCUGCGUGUCUGCACAGUGCGUCUGUGUUUUUCCUCCUGGCUGCAGUCUUGAGAGAGUUGGCUGCUUCGUUCAUCACUGCCCCGAUCCCCAACCCCAUCAAACCUUCACUCCUCUGAGUGCUCCACCAGGGUCACUGAGGGUAGUGGUGUCAGGUGGACCCUGAGAGUGGACUCCUGGGCCGGAGAAUUGCUGUGGUUUAUCAAAAGGAGGCUUUUCUUCUUCUAGCUUCCUCUGCAUUUUGGGUUUAUGAGUAAAGAUUAGCCGCCACAUGUGCUGCCUCCAUUCCAUAACGGGCAACACAAACACCUAAAUAAGCAUGCACAUGGGAGCACUUGGUUCUGUGUGGCAGUGUGUUGUUUUUUGUUUUGAGGGCAGACCAUGCUGUUGAGUAGAAGCAUAGAACAACAGUCUGUCAACAAAAGUUUCAUUCUGCAGGAAGCCACUUGGGUGGGAGAAAACUGUUGUGUAUGUAAUUUGGGCUGCAGAAUGUAUUAGUAGCUAGGACAACUCCCUGGAGCUGGAGGGCUGUGGGUUCCGGUCUGAUCUGGGAUGCUGCUGUGGUACACUGGAUCAACAUACUUCAGCAGAAUCACUCCACUAAAUGCCAUAGCGUGCAUAAAUGGGUCUCCAGGUAGUCAUUGUGAAUGAGAGGUUCAGUUGACGUGUCUGAUUAAAUAAAGGAUAACUCAAAAUAAAUUGGACAAGAAAGAGAGUGCAUUAAUGUCACAUUUUUGGGGGGACAUAUUUAGUUACCUGUUGACUCGCUCUGUGUUGUGCAAAUGCAUGAUGAUGAAGUAUGACAGAGGUAUACAGUAUGUUGCAUAUUACACAAUAAUAUAGCUGUCAAAACGUUUUGGGAUGUGGAAUUUUUUUUUAAAGAAAAACAAUCCUGGAAUUUGACACACAAAUGGGUGGGAUUUCAGAAAUUGUCCCAAGAGAUGAAAGCAGCAGUGAGCAAACUUUGUAAACUAAAAGGUUCUGCAAACAAGGAUAAAGAGGGAAAUGUUUUAAAGAGUUUUGAUAAAACCUGUAUUUAUCCAAGCCAGUCUCUUUAAACUCAUGUCAUCCGGACAAACUGUGAUUUCCUUUCUUUUCCUUCUUGGUAAAAAAAAGGCUUUAUUCUGUUUCUUACCUUAAACCACUGCCCAUUAUUACUAUAGUAAUUAUUAUUAAUGUUAUUAUUAAAAAGCUCAAGUUUCGUGAAAUUUUAUUGUUUUCUCCAAUAUUUUUAUGCAGCAAAUGGCAAUUUUAUAGCUUGAAAAUCCAACUCAUGUGUUUUUGUGAAUUAUUUAAGAAAUACAUAAAAGAACGUUGUUGUUUUUUUGGCAUACGUAUCAUUGUAAUAGUAUCUGCCAUUUUGUUUUUUUUUAAUGAAAAUCUGCGAGUUGGAAAUAUGAGGGAGCCUCUUUUGUAAAUGAAAGACUUGUCACAAAAUUUUUUGGAUUCUGUUUUUUUUUUUUUCAUUUGUGAUGUGUUUAUUUUUUUACCUUGUGUUCAGUUUCUGUAAAUACACUGAAAAGUAUAAUAUGGGUUUUGGAUAUACUGAUAUAAAGUUUCUCUUCUCUGUUAGA